CCACACAAUGUACAUCAGGUGUGAAAGUGUUAAAUGCACAAGAUGAACAACUAGUUUGGAUUUAUAUUGAUCGAACACAGUCGUCAACCGAUCCUGAAGCAGAACAUUCACCCUACUUUGGUUCUAUAUGGUUUAAAACACAUGAAAACUAUUUGAAUAUUAAUGAAGAUAAAUGGUUUUUAACAUUGAAUAUAUUUAUUGAUCAUUCUGUUAUAGAAAUAUUUGAACAGCACGGACGACUGGCAAUGACAGCACGAGUCUAUCCAGAAAAUCCACAGGCGUAUUAUAUGGGGGUGUAUACAAAUACAGAAGAAGAGCAAAAAGUGAUUAUUAAUAGCAUAAAUGCAUGGAAUUUGUCAACGAUUUGGAGCAAGACAUAG